CAAUUCAUUAGAGUCCGUUGGUGACAUUUAUUCAGGAGGGCGCUGAAAUUUUAUAUUGUUGUAACGGUCCACAUAGUUGAAGGGGAAGAAGGUAUUUCAAACAACAUCAAGAUAAAUGUAUCCAUGAAAUUGAAAUAGCUAUUAAAUAUAGUGAUAGCGUAACCAAGGAGUUAAACAUAUGAACUGUACCUCACCAAAUGUCAUUUUCUGCAGAAUCCAGAUAAAAUGACCCCAAAUGUUUUUCAAAAUGUAUCUUUGCAUUAACUAAGUAGAACGGUAGUCUGAAACACUUGACUCCAUGUUUGCUGCGUAGGGGGCGCCAGUGUCCAAGCUUCACACUGUUUCUGAAGUAGGAAGUAAACGAGAUAGCUUUAGGUUUACAUGUAUUAUCUUUAAAUGGACCGAUUUGUGUGGACUAAUGGAUUACUGGAAAUCGGAGAAACGCUGGUCAUUCAGCAACGUGGGGUUCGUUUGUACGACGGAGAUGACAAGACCAAAUUUGAUAUGGGAGUCGCCUUGUUGAGCACUCAUCGACUAAUCUGGCGAGAUCAGAAAAAUUCUGAGUGCUGCAUUGCCAUUCCACUCUCUCAGGUAGUGUUUUUUGAAGAACAAGCUGCUGGAAUAGGAAAAAGUGCCAAAAUCGUUGUUCACCUCCACCCAGUUCCUGAAAAUAAAGAAUCUGGUCCUUACCAAACUAGCAAGUUCCCUUACAUUAAGCUGUCAUUCAGGGAACAUGGACAGAUUGAGUUCUUCAGACGAUUGUCAGAAGUAAUGGCUAUGAAGCAAUGGGAGAGGAUGGCAGUGUCUGAGCCUGGGCGAACAAAUAGUGGACUUCAGGCAGGAAGAGUACGGGCUGUUGGUAUUGUAGGUAUUGAAAGGAAAUUGGAAGAAAAGAGAAAGGAGACUGACAAAAACAUCUCUGAGGCCUUUGAAGAUCUCAGCAAACUGAUAGAAAAGGCAAAGGAAAUGGUGGAGCUGUCAAAGUCAAUAGCUAACAAAAUCAAGGACAAGCAAGGUGACAUUACUGAAGAUGAAACCAUCCGCUUCAAGUCAUACUUGCUGAGCAUGGGUAUUGCAAAUCCUGUCACACGUGAAACACAUGGGUCUGGUACACAGUACCACAUGCAGCUGGCCAACCAACUUGCCCAGAUCCUUCAGACUCCCUUAGAGGAGCAUGGCGGAAUUAUGUCACUUACUGAAGUAUACUGUCUAGUGAAUCGAGCUCGAGGAAUGGAGUUGCUGUCACCAGAAGAUUUGGUAAAUGCUUGCAAAAUGUUUGAAGCACGUAAACUGCCACUGAGGUUGCGCAUUUUUGACAGUGGAGUCAUGGUUGUUGAGCUGCAGUCUUACAACGAAGAAGAAAUGAUAACUUCAGCUUUAGAUUCGGUAUCAGAAAAAGGGUCACUAACAGCUGAAGAGUUUGCCAAGCUUGUGGGGAUUUCCGUCCUGUUAGCCAAGGAAAGGUUGCUCAUGGCAGAAAAGAUAGGGCGUCUUUGCAGAGAUGAUUCUGUAGAAGGUUUAAGAUUUUACCCAAACUUGUUUUUGACCCAGAAUUAAACUCAUAAGAAUAAUAUUGCCUUCUGACAUGUUGCUGAGCUGUUAAAAUAAAAUAACAUAUCCUUGUCAA